AUGCCUGGUACAGUGGCAGAGGGACCCACGGUCUCCAUGUCGUUUGCCAACAACUUUUGGGGUAAAGAUGAUGCAGGCGUCCAGCCCAUGCUUGAUCGCAUGCACGGGUCGAAAACUACGAGUGAUGAAUUGAAAGCCUUUUACACAGUACGAGCUGCGAUUGAAGACGAGUAUGCGAGAAAAUUACAAGCACUAUGCCGAAAGCCACUUGGAACAUGCGAGUCCGGAUCUCUAAAAGUUUCCUUGGAUGUUGUGCGCGGAGAGACGGAAGCGAUCGCCAAAGCACACGCUGCAAUUGCAGGUCAGAUGAAGGUUGAGCUUGAGGAACCUUUGGGUGCUUUCGCAAGCGGAAUCAAGGAGAGACGAAAGAUUAUUCAAAAUACCGUCGAGCGAUUGCACAAGACUAAGAUGCAACAGACACAUGUUGUUAAUAAGGCCCGGGAUCGAUUCGAACAAAAUUGCCUCCAGAUAAAGGGUUAUCUUGCCCAGGGACACAUGGUUAUGGGACAAGAGGAGCGAAAGAAUAAGUCGAGACUUGAAAAGACUCAAAUCCAGAUGGCUUCGAACAGCGCCGAGUACGAGGCCGCCGUGAAGGUCCUUGAAGAUACUACGGGCCGCUGGAACAAGGAAUGGAAAGCGGCUUGCGACAAAUUCCAGGAUCUGGAGGAGGAGCGUCUUGACUUUACUAAAAGCAGUCUGUGGACUUAUGCAAACAUUGCAUCCACGGUUUGUGUGAGCGAUGAUGGUUCUUGCGAGAAAAUUCGCCUGUCUCUCGAAGAUUGCGAAGUGGAAAAGGAUAUCCUUUCGUUCAUUAAGGAGCGUGGAACCAGUCAAGAGAUUCCGGAUGCGCCUCGCUUCAUCAACUUCUGCAAGGAAGACGACGAUACAUCAUCUAUUGACUCAGCAGAGGGCUAUUCGGUUGCUCAGUUUCAACGAACUAUGAAUCCCGCGUUCCGAACCUCUUCUCCACAGCCAUCGACUUUCGAGUCCCACCAUGAUCCACACUCCGAGCUUGCGGCUCAAAUGGGACACCCAGCGCCUCCCCCGAUUGAUAUGCAGCCAUUACCGCCUCAGAAUAUCCAACAGGAGCCUCCACUCCAGCGCAUGCAUAAGCAACCACCUCAACAGAGCAUGCCACCUCCUCAAAACAUGCCUCCACAGAACAUGCAACCCAAAGAGAUGGCGCAUCAGAGUAUGCCCUCCAGAGAGAUGCCUAGGGAUAUGCCAACCAGAGAGAUGCCAACCAGGGAUAUGCCACCCAGAGAGAUGGCGUCUCAGAAUAUGGCCCCCAGGGAAUUCAGAGAGAUAGCUCCCAGAGAUGUUCCACCUCAGAGUAUGCCACCGCCUCAGCAAAUGCCUCCUCAACAGCCGCCUGCGCAAAUGAUGGCACAGCAGCCGCUUCCACUUGAUCUACGCCGGGGUGGGCAUCCGCCACCAAACUAUGAUCCGGAGCGCCAUGGCGAAAUCAAUAAGAUCCCUCACAAUGCUUAUCCCACUGAUGGUAUGACUAUGUUCUGCCGUACUGGACCUCCUUCGGAGCGCAGCUCGGCAGCCAGUGGGUACAGACCCUCUAGCCGUGACUCGCAGAGUGAUGUCUCAAAUCCCACUUCCAUGUCCAGUUUUGAAGCUCCAGCGCCGGUGCCGGCCCCAGUCGCCCAAAAGCCUCCUCUGCCUAGCGUGAUGAAGCAACAGCAGUCACCGCCUAAGCCGCUAACUAAUGCUCACUCGCCAAGUGCUCAGGAGGACAACUCUGUUCAGAAGAAGAAAAAUAUAUUCUUUAGCAACAGUCCUUUCCGCCGGAAGAGUCGUCAUGACAAGGAAAGACCAGCCAUCACUGCUCCUUCUACCUCACGAAGCCCAUGGAGCUCGCCCACCAAGCAGCCUACUGCUGUAAAGACGACCCCUGUGAAGACUAGUCCAGUUAAGACUACUCCGGUCAAGGCUGCACCGCCUCCAGCUGCGCCUCAGCCAGUUGCACCUCCGCCCACUAUGCAGGCCGAAAGUCACAGCCCCGAGCCUGUCGAUCCUCGAGCUAACUUCCAGCUCAAUGUCGGCAACAACGUUUUUGAUGUUGCUUCACCUGACAAGAAUGCAGGAUCUCAGUCUGCGAAAGCAGCUGAGGAUGAUUCGGAUCCCAUUGCUCGUGCUCUGGCUGAUCUCAAGACUACCGGCAAUGGCAAGCAGGCCAGCGUGCGUGUUUCAGCAGACCGAUACCACGGCAUCUCAACCCCAACUCCUUCGGCUCCUUCGUCUGCUUAUGGUGGAAAUACUGCUGCUGCUCCACCGGCAUACAAUGAUCCUUCGGUGAAGCGACUGGACGCUCCCGAGCCCGCAUUUACUGCAAAACAGAUGCAAAAGACAACUCAACGAUACACUGGCCAGACUCAGAGUAUGCUCCGAGGUAGAGGCAACACCAACCCCUCUCCUGCGAAGCCACAGGAGGCGCCUCGUGCUAGAUCACCUGCCCCGCCCAGAUCUCCAGCUCCGACAAGACGCAGUGCCAGUCCCGCAGUUUCAGUUUCUCCUCGUGUUGAUACUCGUAGUGGAUACAGCAGUGGUAGAGGUGCUAGCCCUAGUCCAAGCAUUCAUCAGCCCAGCAGCGUACGCAGCCGCUACAGUCAGUCCCCAACGCCACACCGAGCACAAGACCCGCCUUACUCGCCCAACGACUAUGUCAGACGGCCUUCUCCUGCUGCCUCCCAUCGUGCGGUAUCCCCUCAGCCUCAAUUCAGACAGCAAGUUCGUCCGUCCAGCGCUGGAGGUAUGGAGCUGCAACUCUCCGGAGGUUCCACGUAUGGAGGAAGCCAGAGUGGUGGUUAUGCUCCUUCUCGAUCCGAUAGUCGUCCCAGAUCUUACUACGGGGGAGACAACAAUCCUCCGCCUGUCGGUCGCUCCAGAAGCCGUACCCUUGCCGUUGCAGACCCAGGCCGGAAAUUCAGUCGCGAUGGACGUCCAGUCCUACACUUCGCUCGUGCCAUGUACAGUUACAGCGCCGCCAUUCCUGAAGAACUUGGAUUUUCCAAGGGUGAUGUUAUGUCUGUCAUCCGUCUCCAAGAUGAUGGUUGGUGGGAAGCUGAAAUCACCAAUGGUCGCAGCCACCCUGGCUUGGUUCCCAGCAACUACCUGCAAAUCAUCUAG